CUCCGACGCCAAAAGCUGAAAAAAAUUGUUUUUUGAAAUUGUGAAUUCUUUCCUUAAGUUAUCACAACUAAUCCUGAAACCGAAAUGGAGCGUAUUCCCAACUUUCUUCAUAACUGAGACCAGGAAAAGGAACAAUUUGUUGCCAAAGUACAGUAUUUGAAAUUUCUUUUUGUGUACAAAUUUACAACAUGAUGAAGAAAGCUGUCUUUAAUGCGAUCUCUACAUCUCAGAAUCUUGUAAGCAGUAUGGAGUCAAUUAAUGACUAUCGUGAUGGGAAAGCACAAUUUGAUAUUGUCUCUAGCAAUCGAAGAAAAGUAGUUCUUAUAAACUAUGCAGCAAUGAGUUAUAUUCUAUUGCAUUCUGUUCUCUUGCUGUUUAUCUCAAAUUAUUUAACAAUACCAUUUUAUUGUGUCAUUCAGCAAAAAGCUCCCGAAAGUUUGUUCUAUUACAAAGCGUUUAGCUGGUUCAUUAUUUCAAACUUCUUUAUGAACUAUGGAUUGAUAUUACAUGGUGCAGUGAAAUCAUUAUAUUGCUCUCCAAAGGACCUUCCAAUGUUCAACGCGAGGAUGCAAGAUGACUGGGGGAUGUGUCAACGGUGUGACAGGCAGGUACCUAUUCGCACACGACACUGUAAUAUUUGUGACCGAUGUGUUUUGAAAAGGGACCAUCACUGUUAUUUUACAGGCUGUUGUAUAGGAUUUUUUAACCAGCGUUAUUUCAUCUGCCUGUGUUUUUAUGGAGUCCUGGGAACCGUGUAUGGAUUUUACUUUCUUGAGAGAUACCUCAGUUCAUCCUAUAUAACACUGUUCAGUACAGAGUUCUAUAAGUACUUUUUCCCCUACACUACGAUACUAUGGCUAUUGGGACGACAGGACUUUGCAACUGUCCUCUUGGUCUUGCUUUUGUACAUGACCUUUGUAGGGAUCGGAGGUGGAAGCUACUUCUUUGUUUGGCAAUGUAAUCUUAUUCUGAGUGGUCAAACCAGUUAUGAGUUUUUGAAAGGUAAUAAAAAGUUUCAGACAACACCUCUGAAUCAUUUGAGGUCAAUAUUUGGGCCACAUUGGUAUCUGAACUUCUUAUUUCCUAUGCCAUUCUUGAAAAGUGAAGAUGAUGGUAUGACUUGGGACACCUCAUCAACAAAAUAUUUAUGAAAUGCUGCCUGAAAUCCUGGAUAAUUCUAUCCAAUAUGCAGUUUGAAAUCAUGGCUAUGUAAAUUAUGAACAACUAAUGAUACAUGAAAUUCUGGUUAAUGUGAAUGUGUGCUGUGUGAAUUAUUGGAGAUUUUCUCCUACAUUUGUACUAGCACCCAUGCAUAGUAUAAUUACAAACAGUUUUUCUCGAGGACCACACAUGUUCAAAGCACCAAAGAAAAGUUAGGUUUAAUUUUCCAUAAUCAUGUGAUGCUGUGAAAUCAUGCUUUUUGGCAUGUGUCAUUUUUUUA